UCCAGGAGACUCUCCAAGGAAGGUGGACCACCACCAGUUGACAACCCCUUCCUCAUACCAUCUGAUGGGGCCCAGAAUGGGGCCUCUGAGGAGCCAGGUGGAGCACCGAAGGCGGAUGAAGUCCACGUUGCCCAGAUGGCCCCUACAGGGGUCAUCCAGAGCACACGCAGGAAACGGAGGGUCUCCCAGGAGGUUAACCUGGAGACGCUGGCCCAGAAAGCCUCAGAGAUGGAGUCCCUACCGCCACACAUCGUCAAGGCACAGCACCACAGGCCCUGGAGCCCUCAAAGACCAGCGCCAGGGCGAGGGACCAUGGACAAGGAUUCAGGGGGCCACAGUGCCAAGCGGCCCCGUGAUGAGAGCAUGAUGCCCCUGGUCAUCCCUGUGUCAGUCCCCGUACGAAGGCCAGACCCGUCCUCGUCCUCCCCAGACGGGGAGCACUCUACCACGGGGACAGGCUGGCCACAGAGACCUUUCACCCUCCAGGACGUGACCAGUAUGGAUGGCAAACCCUCCGUCAUUGUCACCCGCAGGCGAUCUCUCAGGAACUCUCUGUCAGAGAGCUCAGGACAGAACGGUGGAAUGGAGGGAGGGAACGACAACGACGGCAAGAAGCCCAAACGCCGUCCCCGGCCCGAACCCCUCUUCAUCCCGCCUCCCAAGCCUGGCACCUUCAUCGCCCCUCCUGUCUACUCCUGCAUCACUCCCUACCAGAGCCACCUCCGCUCCCCUGUCCGGCUAAUAGACAACCCCCUGACCAUGCCGCCCUACACCCCCCCGCCCAUCCUCAGCCCGGUGAGAGAGGGAUCAGGUCUCUACUUUUCUACCUUCCUCUCCUCUGCUGCAUCCAGCCAGGGUCUGCCUCCAGCCAGGGUCUGCCUCCAGCCAGGGUCUGCCUCCACCCAGGGUCUGCCUCCACCCAUCACGCCCAAAUCAGCCACACGCAGCCUGCUGCGAUCCAACAGCGUUGACAUAACCCCACCUCUGCUCUCAACGAUCGGUGAGGCCACUCCAGUCAGUAUAGAACCGCGUAUAAACAUUGGUGUGAGGUACCAGGCAGAGGUACCAGAGCUAAGGCAGCGUUCAGCGGCCCAACAAGACCAUCCCAAGGCUGAGCUGGUCUGGGCUCCUCUCCACGACCUGGAGGCUAAACCUGAAGACCAGGAGAGAGUGGAUGACCUCAUGAACCUGGCGUGCUCAAGCGCUCUGCAUGGCGGAGGGACCAAUCAGGAGCUGGCUCUGCACUGCCUGUACGAGUGCAAGGGUGACAUCAUGGAAGCGUUGGCCCUCCUGCUAUUGAAAAACCCCAUCUUCCCAAAGAACCACCGUCUAGGAUACUACCACUACUCCGGGUCAGACAGCUGGACCCCAGUAGAGAGAAGUUGCUUUAACAAAGGGAUCGCUGCCUAUAAGAAAGACUUCUUCAUGGUCCAGAAACUGGUAAGCACUAAGACGGUGGCUCAGUGUGUGGAGUUCUACUACAGCUAUAAGAGGCAGGUGAAGACGGGUCGGAACGGAGCUCUGAUCUACGGAGACAUGGACCCACCUGAGAGCAGGAACACUGAGGAGGAGCUGGACCACAAGAGCUGUCAGAGAUUAGAAUCUCGGAAGGAAGAGGAAGACAACAGGAAUUGGGAGGGGUCAGUUGACAGGAAGCACCGGGGCUCCAGUCCAAGCAGGGUGACACAGACGUUACAGGCCACAGAGAACGCUGGAGCGGUCCUGGUGCUGAAGACACAGGAGGAUGUGAGGAGAGACCAGAUGUCUUCCCGGGUCAGUCACCCCCCUCAGCCCUCUCCCAGCGCCCCCUCGAAACCACGGCCGCCUCCCAAGACCAUAUCAGGGACCAAGGGCCCCGCCGGACCAGAGGGAGAGUUCCCUUGCAAGAAAUGUGGCAGGAUCUUCUACAAGGUGAAGAGCCGCAGUGCCCACAUGAAGAGUCACGCGGAGCAGGAGAAGAAGGCCGCAGCGCUGAGGCAGAAGGAGGCGGAGGAGAGGGCAGCGGCCCAGGCGGCAGCAGAGGCUGCAGCGUUACUGGCCGCCCGGCAGGACGGGGAACGGGAGGGGAACACAGCCGGAGGAGACAGCACAAACGAUGACUCGUCUGAGGAAGAUGAUGAUGAAGAGGAAGAUGAGGACUGGCACUAAGACCAUAGAGAUAGAAAACGAGCCCACCCCACCUGUCUUUGCCAUUAUGGCAAGUGUACGCUCAAUCUAUCUGGCUUAUACAGACAGACAGGCAGACAGACAGACAGACAGCCCUCUCCACGGUCAGGGUGAGCGGUAACAAACAGAACAGAGCAGAACUCUGAGGCCUCAGAACCCUAGCGCCCUCGAGUGUUCAGCUACGGCUCCUAACACUCAAGGGACAUUUUACGCCCUCUUGUUACGCCCUCUUGUUACGCCCUCUUGUUACGCCCUCUUGUUACGCCCUCUAGUUACGCCCUCUUGUUACGCCCCCUUUACGCCCCCUUUUACGCCCUCAAGUUACGCCCUCUAGUUACGCCCUCUAGUUACGCCCUCUAGUUACGCCCUCUUGUUACGCCCCCUUUUACGCCCCCUUUUACGCCCUCUAGUUACGCCCUCUUGUUAUGCCCCCAUUUUACGCCCUCUAGUUACGCCCUCUUGUUACGCCCUCUUGUUACGCCCUCUAGUUACGCCCUCUAGUUACGCCCUCUAGUUACGCCCUCUAGUUACGCCCUCUAGUUACGCCCUCUAGUUACGCCCUCUAGUUACGCCCUCUUGUUACGCCCUCUUGUUACGCCCUCUUGUUACGCCCUCUAGUUACGCCCUCUUGUUACGCCCUCUAGUUACGCCCUCUAGUUACGCCCUCUAGUUACGCCCUCUAGUUACGCCCUCUUGUUACGCCCUCUUGUUACGCCUGCUUUAGCAGCGUUUCUCUCUGGGAAAAAACUGUCUUCAUAAACAAACUGCUUUUUUUAUUGUUUCAUGGAACAGGAUCUCCUAUCUUGACACUUUCAGGGACAAGUUCUCUCACGCGUUUUCUCCCUCUUCCCUUUAACCUGCUUGUGAAGUGUUCAGGGGUUAACUCUCUCUCAGGCACACAGUAGGGUAGGAAAGAAAGCCAUGCCAUCUCUCUCUCUAACACCAAUACUUUUCUUUCUCUUGUCUGCCAUCCACCCCUGGCUUCUUCCUCUUCCUGUCAGCACUUUCAGCCAAUCACAACACAGCACACAGACUCAUCAGGUGGAAACUAUAUAGACACGCCCUCAGCCCAGCCUUUAAAAACUAGAAUAGUUUGUGAUGCCUGGCAAUGCAAGACUACAUGAACCACAAUGCAACCCGGCUUGGCCACUGCUUUCUCUACUCUCUGAUCCUCAGUUUGAUAUGUUAUUAUGAAUAGAAGGACACCAUAUGAGUGAUUGGGACCAUGCAAUAUUGAAGUUGAAAGGACUUCCAGGUCAUGAAAAGCCCAGAUAGACUGAUGUGGUGGUAACACCAAAGAUGGUGGAUAAAUGAAGAUUUCCUACUCAGGCAGUUUACCAUUGAAAACAAUUGUCAGUUCCAGUCUGCUUAAGGGGGUGGCCCUCCCAUAGGCAUCAAUGCAUUAGUAGCUGGGUCUGAUCCGCUUCGUUCAUUGACUGUACAUGAACCAGAAAAAGUGGGAUGUCUCACUUCUUCCGUCUCUCGUAACACUGCCUGUGUGGAGGCUUACCUAUAUGUGAAGGAAGGAACCAUAUAGAGAACAGAACACACAUUGUUGUGCGAGUUUCUGCAUUUUUCCUGUUUGGGACUUUUUCACUCACUCAAGGCUGUCAAAAGCUUGCACAGAUGCGUCGGUCCUCAGUUCACCGAACUGGUUUCAUCUUAGUUUCAAGUGCUGUUCUCAGUUGGAUCCCUACCCUGAUCACUUGUUUUAUAGUCAUCAUGUGGUGUUUCUCCUCACUGUUGAUGCCUUGGAUGUUUUUAACACUUAAUCUAUGGAUGAACGACAAUCAAUUUUACAAAGGUUCUUUUUAUAUCCAACGAAAUACUGUUGCUUUUUUGCUUAUUAUAUCAAAUUGUUAAUGUUGUUUUUUGUUAAUAAUAUUGUUAUUAAUAAUGUCACAGUUGUCUCUUGUAUUAUUGUGAUUUUGGAUUGUUUUUGCGGCAGGUUGCUUUGGAGAUCUUUCUCAUUUGACUGUAGUGUAGGGUUAUUUAAGACAUUGCUUUCGCUGUCUGUUUUGAACUGUGAGGUUUUAGAGUUACAUCUAAAGACAGUCUGAGUAGAGAAGAGAUGUGAAACAGAAUUGUAAACGUGCAGUAGAUAGAAGAACCACGUGAUCCCUGAUGACAACACCCCCUCUUAUUCCUUGUGUCCAGAUGUCACCCAAAUUGAAAACGGUUUAGGUAAGGUAAGGGUAGGGGUUAAGGUUAGGGUUUAGGGUAUGGACAUCCCAAGGAUUCUGGGAAAGCACUAACCACAUCAUUACGGCAGGAGGAAAGAGUGAGGAAAACAUGAUGAUGAUGUUGACUGUUGAAUGAUGUUGAUUUGAAUGGGUAUGUCCAUUCUAUUUCUAUAGAAAAGGAUGUCUCUGUCUAUCUGACUAUCUUAUUGUCGACAUAUCUCGUUCUGCCAAGCUCCAUAUCUCUAUCUCUAUUGCCUCCUCCAAGCGCCAGACCAGACUCUAUCUGUCGCCAAGGCAACAAACGAGCAGGCUGAAGAUUCUUCUCUUUAAGCAGUCAGCCACAGUGGGGA